CUGGGAACGGAGCCCAGGGCCUGCAGCUUGCUGAGCAUAGACGCUGGGCUAAGUCUCCAGCAGUUAGUGUCCCCUAACUGGAACCGAGUGAAGACAUGACCAGUUCUCCCUGUGGCAGUGUUUAAGCCUGGGACCAGCCAAGCAGGAGGGCAGCAUGGAGCCCUGUAGGGGCUGGUCUGCAGAACCACAGCUGCGACCUGUAAAGACCUCGUGGUCUGUAGUCAAAAGAUGUUCUCUGUUCCUUUUCUGGCAUGUAGAAGCACCAGCACAGGAGCAGCAGGAAGGAAGUGGGAAUGAGGACGCCCAGGAAAGAAGAGAGGAGAAAGGCACCAGCCCUCCCGACUACCGACACUACCUUCGAUUAUGGGCUAAGGAGAAAGAGGCCCAGAAGGAAACCAUUAAGGACCUUCCCAAGAUGAACCAGGAGCAAUUUAUAGAGCUGUGUAAGACACUUUACAACAUGUUUAGCGAAGACCCCAUGGAGCAGGACUUGUAUCACGCCAUUGCCACCGUUGCCAGCCUUCUCCUCCGCAUUGGCGAGGUGGGGAAGAAAUUUUCGGCCCGGACAGCCAAGAAGCCCAGGGACGGUGCUCACAGUGGGGACCACAACAGUGCCACAGAGGAGGAUGAGCCACCCAGAGCCAAACCUCAUCAGGACCCAACACAGGAAUGCCAUCCACCAGCAGCAGGGGACACUCAUCUGGGGAAAGCUCUGCACGACAGUCAUGUGAUAGCGGAGGGUGGCAGUGGCGAGGGGCAGGGCUCUCCUUCCCUACUUUUGUCUGAUGACGAAACCAAAGACGACAUGUCCAUGUCCUCCUACUCAGUCGUCAGCACAGGCUCCCUGCAGUGUGAGGACCUCACAGAUGACACCGUGCUGGUGGGAGGGGAAGCCUGCAGCCCCACCGCCACCUCACGUAUCGGGGGCACUGUGGACACGGACUGGUGUAUUUCCUUCGAGCAGAUCCUGGCCUCCAUCCUAACAGAGUCUGUGCUGGUGAACUUCUUUGAGAAGAGGGUGGACAUCAGACUCAAGAUCAAGGACCAAAAGAAGGUGGAGAGGCAGUUCAGCACCUCCAGUGACCACGAGCCCCUUGGGGUCUCAGGCUGAGCUGUGGAACGGAAGCUGGUCUCUGUCUCCCCCCUUUAUCUCUGUCUGUUUCCUCCUUGAAGACACACCUGCUCUUGAAGCAGAGUGUCACAGAAGCAAAGGUCAGGUCAAUGCAGACUCAGUUGCCUUACAAGGAUCCCCUGGGCCAGGGCACCUCCUUCCUCCCUGUGGCUGGGAGCCUGGAGAACCUGCCUUGAGCCUGCCGUUCCAUAGCAUUAGAGGCCUUUGGAUCUGCCCCUGCCUGUUUCUUGCCCCUGCAAACCCAUGCUAUGCACACACUACACCAGUUGUUCCAUUUAUGGAAAGAUCUACAGCCAUGUGGCCUGGCUACCAGUUGUCACUUGGUCAUGUGCUUGGGCUCCAAAAGUUGGAACUUCUAGGCACCCUCUGAAGUUGGUCAGCCUGAGCUGUGGUCUUGGCACUGAGGAACUCGGUGCCUGUUGUACUGGCAGAAGCCUUGCAUUGUACUCCUAAUUAUGAGGUUUCCAUUCCUCCAUGUCAUUAACUUAUGACAUCCCUCAGGUCCUCCUCUAUUCCCUCGCCCUCAUCUUAGUUGGCUAAAACUCACACUGUGCUCAAUGCCUUAAUAAAUCCCUAAAAGAAAGA